CACGGGUAGCCCCGCCCACCAGAGGCGGCCAUCUUGUCCGGAAAGGGGACCGGACCCGGCUGUAUAGUGGCCUGCAGACGCAGACUUGCAGAAAAAAAAAAAAGCUGACUUACGGUGUGAAGGUGGCGGACACGUCUAUAGAACACGUCUUGUGGGGAAUUGUAUGGAGCACGGCCAUUGCUCACAGCUGACGGGCGGCACACUGCACUGACAUCACCGGGGAUUACACCGGCUGGACCGGAGUGGGGGGCAUGAGCUCUUGUUAGUAGCGGCCAAUGUUCCGAAGAGGGGUUCCCGGCCUCUAAAUUCGUGCCAAGGAGGGGGGAGGGGGUGGCGGAGAGGCCUGCACCUCCAGUCGGGAUCCCUCCGCCUGCACCAUGGCCUCCAACUGCAGCACCACCACCACCGCGGGCAGCGCCAGCAAAACCAAAACCAAGAAGAAACAUUUCGUCUGUCAGAAAGUCAAGCUCUUCCGAGCCAGCGAGCCCCUCCUCAGUGUGCUCAUGUGGGGGGUCAACCACACGAUCAAUGAGUUAAGUAAUGUUCCAGUUCCUGUUAUGCUGAUGCCGGAUGAUUUUAAAGCCUACAGCAAGAUCAAAGUGGAUAACCACCUUUUCAACAAGGAGAACCUUCCAAGUCGUUUCAAGUUUAAGGAAUAUUGUCCCAUGGUGUUCAGAAAUUUAAGAGAGAGGUUUGGGAUCGAUGAUCAGGAUUACCAGAACUCUUUGACACGCAGUGCUCCUGUAAACAGUGAAAACCAGGGACGGUUUGGAUCUCGAUUUCUUACUACAUUUGACCGGAGGUUUAUUAUAAAGACGAUAUCUGGUGAAGAUGUUGCUGAGAUGCACAAUAUUCUGAAGAAAUACCAUCAGUUUAUAGUGGAGUGUCAUGGUAACACUCUGCUUCCUCAGUUCCUUGGCAUGUACCGGCUAACAGUUGAUGGAGUUGAGACCUACAUGGUUGUCACAAGGAAUGUGUUCAGCCAUCGUCUUGGGGUUCACCGCAAAUAUGAUUUAAAGGGCUCUACUGUGUGCAGAGAAGCCAGUGACAAAGAAAAGGCCAAGGAUCUGCCCACAUUAAAAGAUAAUGAUUUCCUAAACGAAGGACAAAAAUUGCAUGUAGGUGAAGAAAACAAGAAGAUAUUUCUUGAAAAGCUAAAAAGAGAUGUGGAGUUCCUCUCUGUUUUGAAGAUAAUGGAUUACAGCCUCUUAGUUGGUUUGCAUGAUGUGGAUCGGGCAGAGCAGGAGGAAAUGGAAGUAGAAGAAAGGGCUGAGGAGGAAGAAUGUGAAGAUGGCACUGGAAUCCCCAUAUGCUCAUAUGGCACUCCUCCAGACAGCCCUGGAAACCCCCUUAACUUUCCUCGGUUCUUUGGACCAGGGGAAUUUGACCCAUCUGUGGAUGUUUACGCAAUGAAGAGCCAUGAAAGUGCACCCAAGAAAGAAGUCUACUUCAUGGCCAUCAUAGACAUCCUGACACCAUAUGAUGCCAAGAAGAAAGCUGCACAUGCUGCCAAAACAGUUAAACAUGGGGCUGGAGCAGAAAUUUCCACAGUGAAUCCAGAGCAGUAUUCCAAGCGCUUCAUUGAAUUCAUGUCGAAUAUCCUGGCAUAGCUCUUCUCUCCCUCUCCGUCCGUCCUUCUCUGCACUUGCCCUUUCCCUUUAUGCAGGGAUAAGCCUCACCCUCCAGGUCUGUGUGCAAGAGUCUACAUGAGUUUGAGUGAAGUGGUGUGUUUGCACGCCCAUCCUAUUUGUACCUCCUGUCCCCCUAUUUUGCUAAAAGAUCAAUUAUUUCCCAUCCUCUAACUGUAAGGUUUGUGAUAUUACAUUUCAAGGUCACAAUUUUAAACUGGUUACACCAGGAUUUUAGGUCACAAUGUAAGUGCUCCCCAACCUUACAUUCCUUUUAAAUAUUAAGAAUUUUGUACUAUGUUACUGCUGAGAUAGAAUAGUUGUUACAAAACCCCCUUUUUUUUUUUUUCAUCACUUGCAGCUGUUUAAGUGACUGGAGCAACAGCACUUCCUUACUGUAAAAGAAAAAACAAAUGAUCUAACAAUUGUCUGUUUCUAAAGCUGGGAGGCUGCUAAUAUGCAAAUCAACUGGACUAUUAAACCAGAACUAUUUUUUUUCUGUGCCCACUGUAUUGUAAGAUCAGUGGGAGGCAUUCUGUUUUUUGUGCCUACCCAUACAGAUGACAGCUAACACGUACGGAGGAGAGGCUCUUUAUUUUUUUUUAUUUCUUUGACAUGUAUGUGACUGUUAGAGGCUAGGGAUACCAUAAACAGUAUUUUUUUUUUCUUUUUUCAGAGGGUUUUUAUUCUUGAAUUGCACUGCAAUGUUAUUUUCUCAGUUUAAAUGACUAUAGCACUUAGAGUUAUUCUUUAAAGUACAAACAAACAUUUUGUUUUUACCAAUUUCAGAUACUUUUCAAACAAUGUACUUUUCCUCCAGCAACAACUGUUAAAUGUACAUUUCUUUAAUUCUGUGCUUUUCAGCUUUGAAAUGUUUAAGUAUUAUUCUCUGCAUUAAGAGGGGAUUGUAAAGCAGGAAGAGAUGAGUGUGUAAAUUAAUCAUAUCCGUCUUUGUUCAUAUGGCUUGCUGUCAAGAAAGGGAGCCCACCCACUUAUCACUAUUUGGCUGGUCCCUUCUGCACCAGUCAAAUUUUGAUCAGUUUAUGGCCAGCUUAACGAAACAUUAUUUAACAAGCAAAACAGAAAUCCAUUAAAACAUUUCCAAAUAGAGUUUCUGCUUAGAAUUCUUUUCCAGGUAAACAGACAGCAUUAUUAAAAAUAGGCCAUCCUGUCUAGCUCCCUAGCUUAGGACUCCCCACCCUUACCUUUCUUUGAAAGCAGCAGUUUCCUGCGGUGUUCACAUCCUGCGUCUUAAUGUCUUGUCCAGAGCUGCAUGUGCAGUAACUCCCUAUUGAAUUGGGCUGUAGUGCUACAGUGGAGACGCUGUAAAACAUUCUUUCGAGUCGUUGGAGAGUUCCUGUCCAGCCAACACUGGUUAGGAGUUUAGGGCACAUAAUAUAAACACUGUGGGAGGUCACAGGACAAGUAAGCAAGUAUCUGAAGGGAGGGGCGGGGGGGGGGAUUAGGUUAAAGUAUAUGUUAACUCCAACAAUAUAUUUAUCCUAUUUGCUCUCCUUUGGUCUGUUUGUAUAUAGUAUUGAAAGUGAUUUGUUACAUCUGUUUUAUCAUUUUAAAAAAAUGCCUGGUAGCCGAGUGCAUUCGGGGCCAUGCACCUGCAUAGAUGUCAAUUGUGUGCAUGCAGCCAUUGCAUCCCAAUUGACAGCUGUGGGACUGCUGGCACGAGGAUGCACACAGCACCUGUGCGUCCCUGUGCCAAUAAAAAAACCUGCACGGCUACUACUAAAA